UAGGGAUUUCGAUCUCCUUCAGGAGGGGGUCUCUCACUUUACUGGGUCCAGGGCGGGGACCUGUACUCGAAAACGGGGUAUAAAAGAGUUCGUCCUGAGACCAGGAGCAUCACACUUCAGCAUGAAGUUGUUCGUUGUCGCUUUGGUUUUGGCUGCGGCCAGCAGCACUUAUGGAGGAUACAUAAGCAGUGGCUGGUCAGGUGGCGGAGGUGGAGGUGGAGGUGGAUGGAAGUCCGGUGGAGGAGGUGGAUGGUCCAGUGGAGGUGGCGGCGGAGGAUGGCCAAGUAGUAGUGGUUGGAGUUCGGGUGGUGGAGGGGGAGGUUGGCCAAGCAGUAGUGGAUGGAGUUCUGGAGGUGGCGGAUGGUCCGGCGGCGGCGGCGGUGGUGGAUGGUCCGGCGGAGGUGGUGGUGGAAAAAUCAUCAAGAUCAUCACCGUUAGCGGAGGAGGUGGAGGUUGGCCUUCCGGCGGAGGAGGUGGAUGGAAAUCCGGAGGUGGAGGUGGAGGUGGCUGGUCAAGUGGCGGAGGAAGUUCCGGAUGGUCGAGCGGCGGAGGUGGUUGGAAAAGCGGAGGAGGAGGAGGUGGUGGCGGUUGGUGGUAAACAUCGACUGAUUUAGAGACCUCGCUGGAUUCACCGAGUUUCCUAAAUUCAGAAUCGGAGAAAAGAAUGUACAUAUACAUAUCGAAAGGAUACAUGACAAUAUAGUCCAACAUUAACUUGGAUCACUGCUAAUUACCCACACUAUCUGCGCAAAGAAGAAAAAGGAACGAGAAAAAAAUAAGA